UAUCACUUAUCUACACAGUCACGGGGAGAAAUAUUACGUCACCGAUACAUGGAACAUUUUGUAUGUAAACAAGUUUGUAUGCUUAUACGUAUAGUUGACAAAAAUUCCUCGACGCCAAAUAAGGGCUGCUAAACAAGCAUACGAAAUAUCAUUUCCCGUUUCGUUACAUAUCGCCUGAUAUUGGAAUCCCGUGGUCAUGUCUGAGAAGUUUCCCAGCGCCAGCAAUAUCUACUUAGAAUCAAAGACCUCGACCGUCGUCUGUCUGUCUCAUGAACGCAGCCUGUUUUUUAUUGAAAAUAUAGUUUAAUAUCAACAUGAUAAUAUAUUAUAAUGCAGUGUAAACUAUGAUAGGAGAAUACAGUUCCUUGUCGUAAUUUUCAGACAUGUCUGGAACGCUGGUGAUUAUUCAUGACUCCCGUGUUGCGCGUUGUUACCCCAUUCAGUAAAGAUAUACUUUAUAUACAGCGAACAAUUUUGAUUUCAGUCCGGACCUGGCGCUUGGCGUGAUCAGUAGAUAAAGCUUAUAUUCAGAACUCUGUUAGAAAAUUCCGUAGCUAGGUUUUACUUUGAAGGAAUCCCGAAUUCAUUAUGCCUCGUCAUUUGGUCUGGAAUAGCUAGAUAGUUUGUAUGAAUUAUACAGAAUUCCCUAAUGAAUAUAAGCAUUACAAGGAUACACGCUAUCGUAUACGAGAGAACAAUAUAACCCUGUUCAACAGUUCUGAAUUAAACGGCAGCUGCUGUUCCUCCUUGUGUUGGCAUUACCACGGGGUUUAGCCUUGGCAAGCACUCGCGUUGAUACUGUGUCAAUCGUACGAUUACUCGCAGCUUUAUGAAACAUUAAAUGGACAGCCUCACGAUCUCAAUGUUAAUUAAUUUUGAAUGGACUGAACAGCACUCAUUAAGAUUAGACCCCGGAUGUUUAGUAAUUACCGUUGACGGAUAAACGAAGCUGUAUUGUUCAGUGCAGAAAAGUAACAGUAAUGUCUAAUUAAAUAGUAAGUAGCUGAACCGUAACUCUUUCUCCUAACGCAAUUGUUUUUCUUUAGAAUUUAUUCAUAUUCACGUAAAAGUUGAGUGUUUGAGAGAGAGUGUUUAUUUUAUGAAAACGGUUGUUUCAAAGUAUGCAAUUCGACAAAAAGAUGAUAAGAUUUGUCUUCGUCAUAUUACUGGGGAUUUCUACCACAUUCGCCAGAAAAGACAUCAGAUUCAAAGAAACAGAAUUGGAUUAUCGAUCAAAUGUUCCUUUUGAUGACGAGGAAACAGACACUUAUUCAGGCGAAACUGGAUUUGUAACUUUUGAUUCAUCCAAUAAACAAUUUGGUGAUAAAUCGUUGCCAGGAAUUGGCAGUGACUUUCCCCAAAACAAUGACUUUGAUCAAGAAGUCACACCUUUGAGCAUCAAGGAGAAUGACAAAGAAGAAGACUAUGGAGUGGAUGACCGCAUGGUGUGGGAUAAGUUGCAGGACUAUGACAUAUUCGGUCCGUCAAAGAAUGACUACUAUUAUUAUUAUGAUGAGGAAGAGGAGAAUCCAACAGUGGAGGAGGAAGAAUACGGAGAAGAAGAGGAACCUACCAUUUCGGAUGACAAAGACGAUGAACUAACGAAUGAAAUAAAAAACGAUGCUACAACAGUAGCGAUCAGCGUUGACACAACUGAACUAGACUCGGGAGUGAAAUUAGACACAGAGAAAAAAGAAUCCACAAUGAAAAAUAAAACAGAGGAAUCGACAGAUAGCGUUGAUGAAGAAGAGGUGCAUCCUAGCAUACCAACAGAAGCCGGGGACGAUAAAGCAGAGCAAGGUGACACUUCUGAAAAGACAGAUAUUGCAGAGGGUGAAAAUGUUCCCACAUAUUCGACAACUUCAGCUGCAAGUCAGCCAACGGAAAAAGUUAUUGUCGGCGAUGUUUCCGAAUCCGAAAUGACGACGACAACAUCGAGUAGAUUGACAACUACACCAGAAAUGAAUGUAUUCACUAAUAUUGUAAAAACCACGACGCCCACGACUACUUCGAAAACACAAACUCAAUCUCCAAUGACGGCUCCUGAUAAAAUAGAGCCUGAUGAAUUUGAUAUUGCAACGCAACCGAAUAUCGAUGAGGGUUUUAAUACAGAGAAGUUGGAGAAUAGCGUUAUACCAACUACCACAACCAACAAAUUUGUUGUAACCAAAGAUACAGAUAUUCUAAAUACCGAAACAUCCACCACAACCUAUAAAAUAUCUGGCAAUACCGACAUAAAUAUGGAUGUAAUUCCUGCCGAUGUGGAAUCCACCACACGCAAAGGUUUGAGUCACGUUUCCAUCACCACAAGCACGAAAGAAAUAAAGGAUGAUAAUACCAGUGUUGAUAUUUCAAAAAUGUCUGAUUCUACCACACAGACAAGUACUAUGGCAAUGGAUAAGGGUGACAAGCCAGAGAAAAUCACGUCCACGACGGAUCAAAUAACAACGUCCACAAAACCCCAGCAGACAACAACUAAGUUAUUACGCACUAACCCGCAACCAAAGCCGGAAUAUAGCACUACCACUGAAACGAUCACGAACGAAACACGCGGUGAAAUGAACACUCCGGGAGUGCUGCCGGUAACAGAAGUCAAAGGUGACGAUUCUAGUGCAUCAACUAAAUCGGGUGAGAAAGACAUUACAGUGACUCAACAGCCUACAAAAAGAGGAUCGACCACAGAACAACAAUUAAUUUCCAAACUAACGAAAUCAGCUGUUGUGUUACCACCAAUAGACUCAAAUGAAAAGAUAACAGCUAAACCUACUGAAAGAAAGGACGAUAAUCGCAAUAAAAAUGACCCUUCUCGUACAGAACCAUCAAUGCCGGUAGAACUUACAACCAAAGAAAUGUUGCCUGAUGCUUCGACAUCAGAUCAAGAACAACACGAUGAAAUCACUGAUUUUAGAGCUCAAAGACCACAAAAAGCAGAAUUUACCACUGUAGUUCUGAUCGUUUGUAUCAUAUCAAUCUUAAUUCUACUCAGCAUAAUUGCUGUCAUUAUCAUCAUUGUGCGGGCAAGACUGAAAAAACGCGGCAAAUAUGAAAUCACUUCUGACGUGGAUCCAGAUGAAGCCGGCACCGCCGCGAAUGGAGAAGGUGCCAGUGGCAUGGAUCGAAGUGCAGACAAAAAGGCUGUCGUAACCGUUCAGUAUAAUGACUCCCAUGCAUAAUGGCACGACAAAAAAACUUCAUGAAGUAUUUAUGAAGUUUGUGUUGGUAAAUGGACUGUAUUCGUCUGGCCAUAAUUAGACGUUGCCAGAAACAAAGGAACGAUGUAUUCGACAUCUUACGAUGUAUUAUUGUAAUAAAACACAUCCGGGUUGCAUAGUUUUUAUGUUUUCAUUAUGAACCUUAGUCACAAAGUCGGUUUUUGUACCAUUAUAGUAUAACACUCUUUCUAAAAGAUUUUUUCAAUGUUUUGUCCUAAAUAUAUACACAUCCCAUGUAAAUUUACCAUCUUUCGACGACUGUGGUGAAAACUAAUUCAGACUAUUUUGUCCAACCACUGUGGUCAUGUCAUUAAUUUAAGCAGAUCGUACUGUGUAAAAAAAUUACACGUUGAUAAACUGAAAAUGUAAACUCGUUUUCCAUAAAACUGUGCUACAGUCAUGUGCUAAUAUGAUGUAGUCACAGUUGUAUACAGCCCAUUUUCCACAAUGUUUAUAGUAUCAUUGUUAAUUUUAGAUAAAAUAUUGUUUCCAUUUUUUCUUUCUUUACCUUUUAAAAUAGUUAAUAAUUUUUGCUUUCUUGCCAUUGGAAUUACAUGCCUUAUGUGUUGUUUGUAUUCACUGGUAUUUGGUAGCGUUUUAUUAUCUAAGAGUUAUCGACAUUUUUCAUUAGUGACGAUUGACGAAAUUUAAAUGGCAUUUCAACGAUGCUCGUUGCAUAAUUUACACAAUUUGUAUACUAAGACGUGUCAAUUACUUUAAAAACCCGAUGUUCGCUUCUAUUCCACAAAUUAUUUCGUAGUGGAUUUCGUUGCUUCAUCAAUAACCUAUCAAACCUAUCGCCACAGCUAAUCAAUUUGAGUUGAAUAUUGUCAAAUUUUAGUUUAUUAUAUGUCAUAAUUGGUGCUUUACUUUAAGGUCACAUCAUGUAUUUUUUUCAAUUUGUAGUUUAGAACCAGGCUUUAACUUUUUACUUUUUAUAUUUAUAAUUUUCAAUCUACGUCUUCAACUUUCACACACAGAAAAUUCAUUGAAACACUUGAAUUUCGUUUUGUUUAAUAUUUUUUGCAUUGAUUGUUGGGCAGGAAAUCUAGAUUAGAGUAAUUACAUCUACAGUUUGCUCGACCUGAUGAAAUACAAGCUUAUGAUCACACCACUAAAAA